AUGGCGCUGCCUCCGCAACAGUUCUGCGUCAGGUGGAAUUCCUAUCACACCAAUUUACAGGCUGUAUUCCCUCGGCUUCUCCUCACGGAACAGUUCGCUGACGUCACGCUGGCCUGCGAGUCCAGACAGCUGCGAUGUCACAAGCUAGUUCUAUCCGCCUGCUCCGCCUACCUGGAGAGGCUCCUGCUACAGAACCCCUGCGAGCAUCCCAUCGUGUUGAUGAGGGAUAUGAGAUUUAGUGAGAUGCAAGCCUUAGUAGACUUCAUGUACAAAGGCGAGGUGAACGUCACACAAGAGGAAUUACCCAGUCUUCUAAAGUCGGCCGAAGCGUUGCAGAUCAGAGGGUUGUGCUCCAGCGACACAUCUAACCUGACGUCAGACAUGGGCAAGACACGGGACACCAAGGACUUCACGGUAGCCAGCGAGGCUCUGGUAGCCAAUGCGCAGCGGGACAGCGCUGCUAGCGCCAACACCAACGGUCCUACACCCCCACUGAAGUCAACCACGACUACCCCACCGCUGAACCCGGUCUCCCAGCACGCUCAACACAACGGCACCAAGAAGCGAAAGUCAGAAGAACGCGGCGACAUCAAAGAAGAGACGGUAGAAGAAGAUGGACUGUAUUAUGGUGAACUGGACCACGAUAAUUUGGAGUACAAUGAGGACGACGAACCUGGAAAGCCUGGCAGCAGUCUUGGACAACCAUCUGGCCGUCGUCCGUAUCUACGCGUGAAACCAGAGAGUGAACUUUUCUUUCAAACUAAAUUGCAGAAUUUAGCGAAAGCUAAUUCUGAAUACAUUAACAGACUGUCAAAAAUGAAUGCAAGCGAAAUACGCAACGAAUUUUCUAAAUACGGCUUUAAUACAAAUACUAGUGAUGAGACGUAUCUGCAAAAAGCCACAGAAAAGUCAGAAAAUGAUUAUUACAAAUCCUGGCUGGAACAAAAUGGGGAGCUAGAGGUGUCCCUCUUAAAAGCUAGCCAGAUUAAAAAACCAAAAACUGAGACCAAAAGCCAAAAAUCCGAAGUUGAGCUUAUACCAAAGACAAAGGAUAGUGUUGCCAGCAAACAAAUUUUGUCCAAAUUGGGAGAAAAAUCUCAAAUGCGGAGAAGGGGACGACCACCCAUAUUUAAAGAUAAGAACGUAGACAUCGGGGAGACUGUGCUCAAGUCUGACCUAGAUCAAUUUUUGGAGGGAAAGGAAAUCAGUUCGUCGGGGUUGUCGCGUAAGGAUUUGGAGAGGGUUAUGAUGGGAAAGUUUAACCCUAACAGGCGGUAUUCCAAUGAGGCUAUGUGGGCAGCGCUCAUGGAUGUGAAAAAGGGAGGCAGUAUAUAUCGAGCUGCGCAAACACACAAAGUGCCUCGAAAAUCCUUACGUAAUUGGAUGAAGCGUUGUCACAUCAAAUCCUCCUUCCCAAUGCCUCAGCAACUGAAACAAUUCGUCGAAAACAGCAAGAAACAGAAAGAAUAUAAAAACUUCGAUGGUUACCAGCCCUUGGAAACCCAGAAUUACGAAAAGAGUGGUACAGAAACUGAGGCUUACGAACCUGAAAUGGAUUUUGGAAAGCAUUUCCUGACAUUUACGAAUUCAAAUGUGUCUAGUGAGGAUGAAAGGGAAACGCAAAAUAAUGAUGGGAAUAUUGGCGAAGGGAAUGGGGGAGAUGCGCCCGAAACUGGUAACUCCGCUCUUGAUAUGUCAUUGCACGAGUAA